UUUUGGCACUGUAGAACACUAGUUAUUGACGAAAUCUGCCGCGGAAUUCACGUGUAUACUUGAUCCUCCCGUCCGCGUCGUUAUGUGUUCGGGUACGAUAAAAACUUAUUUGGCACUAUCAGUCCUAUGUUCGCUCUCGCUUCCAACCUGGAAUGCGCCGGAUGCAAUUUGUGAGCGAAUUGAUUUUAAUGAUUUCACGUCAUAUAAAAUAAGACAGUGCUCUGAUGGAAACAAGGAAAUUUUGCGUCUUGCGUCCUAUAUCCGAACGACUAAGUUUGAGCCAUAUCGACCGAACACAGUUUAUUACCUGUCGAAUCCGCUUCCGGGCAUUAAUUGCUGCGAAUCAAUAGAAAGUUUCUUUGUAAAUUCUUAUACGGAAAUACGAAUGAUUUAUCAACUAGUUUUUCGGUCAGUGUCGACAUUAACGAUUCGAUUGUUUGACUUAGAUCAAGUCGAUAACCGAGGUAACCCAACAGUUGUACAGUUUUGGUCAACGCAACAACCAACACAAACUUGGAGUUUAUUCGCCGGACAUGUUGAGAGGGAAGUCCAACGAGCAAGAAUACAAAUUGAAGUUGAUAUGAGCGUCGAUGGGGAAAUUGCGAUUGAGUACAUAACAGUAUUCAAUCCCUUGGUACAGGAGCAGUUCUGUAGAGAGUUAGACGAAUUUUAUGUUCCACCAUCUGAAACAACCGAUUUCACAACCACCGCUACGAGUUCAACCCGCCGUACUACCACAACAAGUAUUCCCACAACAACAACUAUUGCAACAACAACAACAACAACAACAUCUAAUCCCAUCACCACUAGCACAACCACUCAAGCCCCAACCACCACAUCCACUUCUACUACACCAAUGACUACUACGUCUCUGCCAACUACCACUACUGCUACUACUACCACUACCACUACAACUACCACAAUGCCAACAACCACAACCACUACUCCUACAACCACUAUUCCUACAACCACUACUACUACAACCACUACUCCUACAACCACCGCCUCCACAACAACCACAAUUUCAACAUCCACCAGCACCACAAUGCCUCCUACUUCUACAUCUACGAGUACUUUUACAUCUUCCAUAUCUACAACCACAACGACUUUUCCUGUCAUAACCUCUACAACAGAAACUACUACUACACUUGAAACAACAACGACAACCGCCAUUCCUACUACAUAUUCUACUACAAUUACCGCAGAACCAACAACGACUACUCCCUUACGCACUUCCUAUCCAACAACUACUACAACUUCUUUUGAAACUACAUCGACAAAACUCAUGACUACUACUCCUCCUACUACUACUACUUCUACUACAACUAUUGCUCCUACCAGUAUUACAGCUACGGAACCUGUAACAACAGCAGCAGCAACAACAAUUUUAACUACUCCCGAGACUACCAGUACUAUAAUUUCGCGUGAAACAGACACCACAACAAUAUUAACAGACCUUACAACUACCUAUGAUUCCACGACCGCUUCAAGAUCACCCUCAACUACAAGUGUAUCUAUCAGUACUCAAACGACCCCUAAGGCAACAUCAUCAACAGUGCCCACAACGGUUCCUGAAACUACAGAACGGUCUACUGCUACUAUUUCUACUAUAUCAACAACUGCGAGUAUGCCAGAAUCAUCCACGGUCCUCACAACUUCACCUUGGACAACCACAGCCUCUAUAAAACCAUCAAGUACACCCGAGACCCCUACGGGUACUUCGAACUCCGAUAUAGCAAUGACGACUGAACCUAGUGACACUGCUGCUGCGACAACAAUUUUGUCCACACGUCGUACAAGAAGUACUUCCAGACGAACGACUAGAACAACAACAGAGGAAAGUACUGCUGUUAUCUUAACGACAACAUCUAUUGGCGUUACUACACCGCAAACUUCUUCAGCUGUUAAUACUACGAUUUUCACUGAUGAACAUCAAACCACUCAAGUAUCAGAAUCCACGCCAGAUGCAGCAACAACAAAAUUAUCUACAGUCACAACAAACUCAACAACCCGUACGACCACCGACGUGAAAACCACCUCUUCGUUGAACGAUUCCCAGCCCACAGUACCACUACCAUUUACAAUUGACCCGAACCCGACCCUAGCGCCUCAAGCACAAAAAGCAUUUGAUGAGGCCGAUGCUAUUUGGAUCUCUGUUUCCGGUAUAUUCCUCAUGUUGUUCGUCAUCGUAUCUGCCAUUGGAGUAUAUCUGUACGUAAGCUGCCAACAGAUAAGUCAAGUUGUGAGCAAAGAGCUGGAGUUAACUGAAGUCGAUGCAAGCCACAUCGAACCGUUACCGACUGCCGUCAAUCCCUAUGUAACUCCACAGAUCUUGGCGAAUUUUCACCAGCAAAGACAGCUGGGGCAAAACAGACGCAACCGAGUACCAAAAAAGUCGCGCGAGAGUAUGCUCUCGACGACUAGUGAUAACAGCAGUGCAUUUGCUAAUGUUAAUCGACGUUAUACCAAGGAGCCUAUCAUUCCUAGCACCAGCAGGCCAUUUUCACUAGCCGAAGAAAUCAGAAAAACAAGACUUAAGAAUCGACUGAAUAAAUUUUAG